AUGUUAAUCCGUAUAAUACUCCUAACGAUAAUACUAUGCAUUAUACUUGAAAUUUGUUCAUCAUCGACAUUUAAGACAGACACUAUUCCAGUAAAAUAUUUAAUGAAAAUUUCACAAAAGAAAUCAAAAAAACCUUCAUUAUGUAAAUUACCGAAAAAUAUUGGUUUAUGUCAACAAUCAAAAUUACGAAUGUAUUAUGAUUCAAAAACAAACAAAUGUAAAUCAUUUAUAUAUACCGGUUGUCGAGGAAAUAAAAAUAAUUUUCGAUCAGCACUGGCAUGUGAGAAAACAUAAAAUAUGGUAUUAAGUAAAGAACAAGCAAUUGAAUAUUUGACAAAAACACCAAUUGCAUUUAUUGGUACUCUAACUGAUGUUAUUCCUGGUAUUUCUACACGUUCUUUACCACCAAUUAAUCAUUAUAAAUUAAGAUUACAAAAUAUUCGACCUUUACGUGGUUCUGUCUCUACAACAGACUUUAGUUAUCAUCAACAUGGUGCGGGUCAAUUUCUUCACAGAAUUAUUCAAAAUCCUAAUGGUUCAGAAACAAUAUCAGAUGAACGAGAACAAAAACAAGUCAAAGAACCGGUAGUUGGUUUAACUUAUCUUGUAUGUUUAAGUGAUGGACAUCAUAUUAAUACACUAGUUGAAUUAGAUAAUUCUACUAUUGAACAAUUACUUCAUUCAUCAAAAAUACCAUUAGGUUGGAAUAAACAACGGAAUGGACAGUAUGAAAGUCCUUGGCAAUAUUCACAUGCCAAACAUAUCAAAUGGUACAAUAAUAAAUGUUUUGCUAAUAAUGAGAAAUGUGCAAUAACUGGUCGGCCAUUACUUAUUACUACAGAUGAUAUUUUAUUUUCAUGUGAACCUGUCAAAGCUACUCAUACAAACGAAUAUCAAAAUCCAGAUGGUGAUGGUGUUUUCAAACUAACAGUAACAAAUAAAAGUAAUCGACCUAUUGAAAUUCCUGCAUUAUUACGUGAUACUCACUCAAAAAGAAUUCUCUGGGAAGAAAGUGUAUUCGUUAUGACAGAUGCAGGUAAUCAUUUUUUUCCUGGUCAUGGUCAAGCACGUGAUGUUGAACCAACUGUACUAGACCCUCAUGAAAGUAUAUCAACUAAAUUAGAUACAUUAACUUUACAUGGUUUGUCAUGGCCAGCCGGGGGAUGGCGUUUGAAUUUAACAUUUUGCUUAGGUGAUAAAGCUACCGAAGGAAAUUAUUAUUAUUUUACUAAUCAUCAUGAACCAUUACGUAAGAAAGCUGAAAAAAAGAAGACUGCCAUUAUUGACUAA